AUGCCGACGUCGGACUCGAAGCCUGGAAGAGGUUCGCUUCUAGGGCUUUUCAAGGAGGUCUUCAAUUGGUACCCGUCGGCUUAUCCUUCGGAGGAGAGAAGACUGCUAUUCAAACUCGAUGUAUCGAUUCUAGUAUUUGCUUGUCUUUGCUUAUCUAGGUACGGAGUUACUGAGCGCCAGUCUGGACGAGGACUCACGGUAUUAGAUCAAACGAACAUUAGCAAUGCCUAUGUCAGCGGUCUCAAGGAAGACUUCAAUCUCAACGGGAACGAACUCAACUACUUCAAUGUCUGCUACUACACCGCAUACGUGGUAUUCCAGGUCCCGGGUCUUCUUCUGAUGUCACGUCCAUCACUGGCUCGCUGGCUGCUUCCUGGACUUGAGGUCCUCUGGGGAAUAUGUACCUUUGCCCAGAGCCGCGUCACCAAUGUCGGUCAGCUUUAUGCCCUUCGGUUCCUUGUUGGCAUGUUGGAGGCACCGGUGUUUGCAGGGACUCAUUUCAUUCUUGGAUCCUGGUACUCCGGCCCCGAACUCUUCAAACGAGCCGGGACAUGGUUUGUGUGCAACCCGCUCGGCACCAUGGUCAGCGGAUACUUGCAGUCGGCAGCAUACACCAACCUGUCCGGGGUAGCAGGCAUGCCUGGCUGGCGGUGGCUGUUCAUCAUUGACGGCAUCUUCACCAUCCCUGUGGCUCUGCUGGGCGUCUUCAUCUUCCCGGGCAUCCCAGACUCGCCGAAACCGUUCUAUCUGACGGACAGCGACAUCGCCUUGGCCAAGGAGCGGGCACGGCGAGCCAAUAUCCGGAGGCCGGGCAGGUUGGGACUGGAUGUGUUCAAGCGGACACUGAGACGGUGGCAUAUCUGGGUGUUUAUAUUUUGCUAUGCAUGCAUGAUCAUCUCCUACUACCCCAGCAGCUACAUGAACCUCUGGCUCAAGGCCGAGGGAUACUCGGUGUCCCAGAUCAACGAACUGCCCACUGUCGUCUAUGCCAUCAACAUCGUGGCCUCGUGGCUGGGGUCGACCCUCGCCGCGAUCUAUCCGACCUGGGUCAUCUAUACGAUCAUCUCGGUGUGUUCGCUGUUUUCGACCCUAUGCAUGAUCAUCUGGAACAUUCCUACGGGAUUGAAAUUCUUCGCUUGGUAUCUCUUCGGAGUCGCCGGAUGCGCAAGUCCCAUUUUAUACUCGACCGUCAACACCAUCGUGAGCAACGACUCUGAAGAACGAGCUCUGAUUCUGGUAUGUCCCGUCCCAAGUCUAACCAUCCACCAGAUCAGACCUGGCCUGACCAAAAGACUAACUAGUACAGGGCGCCAUGAUGACAUUCGGCUACUCAUUCAACAUCUGGGUUCCUCUUCUUCUCUUCCCGACUGCGGGACCGUACGGAGCGCCGCGAUGGCCCAAGGGCUGGCCCGUUACGUUUGCGUUCUACUUUCUUCUCUGGGCGGGGUUUAUUGCUGCGAUUCUGAUUCAUCGACGGUGAGUUCGCGUCAGUUUACUUGGUGGUUUAUAUUUGAUGUCCUGAUGUCUGGCUAA